AAAAACCACACGCACGCAAAAAAAAAAAAAAAAAACCAGAAACAAAAAACCUCCUGAACUUUAAAGAAGCAGCAGGAACAACCCGCAGCGGCGGAGGCGGCGGCGGCGGGAGAAGAGAUUUAAUUUAGUUGAUUUUCUGUGGUUGUUGGUUGUUCGCUUGUCUCACAGUGAUGGAAGCUGCACACUUCUUCGAAGGGACCGAGAAGCUGCUGGAGGUUUGGUUCUCCCGGCAGCAGCCAGACGAGAGCAAAGGAUCUGGGGAUCUCCGCACCAUCCCAAGGUUUGAGUGGGACAAACUUUUGGAGAAUGUGCAUUGUUUAAUCAUAAGUGUGACAAAAACUGACAAGCAGGAAGCUUAUGUACUCAGUGAGAGUAGCAUGUUUGUCUCCAAGAGACGUUUCAUUUUGAAGACAUGUGGUACCACCCUCUUACUGCAAGCACUGGUCCCCCUGUUGGAGCUUGCUAGGGAGUACAGUGGGUUUGACUCAAUUCAAAGCUUCUUUUAUUCUCGUAAGAAUUUCAUGAAGCCUUCCCACCAGGAGUACCCACACAGGAAUUUCCAGGAAGAAGUAGAAUUCCUUAAUGAAAUUUUCCCAAAUGGAGCAGCAUAUUGUAUGGGGCGUAUGAAUUCUGAUUGCUGGUACUUGUACACUCUGGAUUUUCCAGAGAGUCGGGUUAUUAAUCAGCCAGAUCAGACACUGGAAAUUCUGAUGAGUGAGCUUGACCCAGCAGUUAUGGACCAGUUCUACAUGAAAGAUGGUGUUACUGCAAAUGAUGUCACUCGUGUGAGUGGAAUUCGUGACCUGAUACCAGGUUCUGUCAUUGAUGCUACAAUGUUCAAUCCUUGUGGUUAUUCAAUGAAUGGAAUGAAAUCGGAUGGAACUUAUUGGACUAUUCACAUCACUCCAGAACCAGAAUUUUCUUAUGUUAGCUUUGAAACUAACAUAGGUCAGACCUCUUACGAUGACCUGAUCAGGAAAGUAGUGGAAGUUUUCAAACCUGGAAAAUUUGUGACCACCCUCUUUGUAAAUCAGAGUUCUAAAUGUCGCACAGUGUUUUCUUCGGCCCAAAAGAUUGAAGGGUUUAAACGUCUUGAUCGCCAGAUUGCUCAGUUCAAUGAUUACAAUUUCGUUUUUACCAGUUUUGCUAAGAAUCAGCAGCAACAGCAGAGUUGAUUAAGAAAAAUGAAGAAAAAACGCAAAAAGAGAACACAAAUAGAAGGUGGUGGCAGCUUUCUAGUUAAUGAUACAGGGGGCCAUGCUUUCCAUACCCAUCGCCUUGUAGUUGCGGAAAGCCCUAGAUGUAAUCAUAGUAUAAUCAUUUUGAAUUGUAUGCAUUAUUAUAUCAAGGAGUUAGAUAUCUUGCAUGACUGCUCUCUUCUGUGUUUAGGCAUUCUAUGCCACUCUUGCUGUGAACUUGAAGUGCAUGUAGAGAAAAACUUUUACUGUAUGAGACUUUACAACACUUGUAAAAACAAUUCAAUUAGGAUUAUGCACGGUGUAAUUUUUCUCCAGGUAUCACCAAAAAUUCCCCACAGACAAGGCUUUCGUCCUCAUUAGGUGUUGGCCUCAGCCUAAAUCAUCUGGGACUGUUCUGUUAAAUUGCUGCCAGAUAUUUUUUAUGGGCAGUUUCUUCCAAUUUCUAGACCACAUUUUUCUCUAUUAAUUCUAAUGAAACUAAUUCCUACUUAAAUACGUUUCUUUGCACUUGAGGAGUUAGAAAUUUUACCUUCUUAAGAAAAUUAAUGAUUAUUACAGCUGAUGAUUUUGUUUUAUUAUAUGAAUUUUGAGUAUUGGAACAUUACUUUUGCUUCCUGUAACUUUUAGUUCUUUAAGCUCAGUGAUUUUCCCCCUCCCCUUUAUAAAAUGAGCAAUAUAUUGUUACACUGAGUUUAACAUUAGCCUUUCACCUUUAGGGGGAAAAAACCUUGGUUCAAAUCUUAAUUCAGGUCAAGGUGGGUUUGGUGGUCUCUUUCAUGUGUGAUUGGCAAGGGUAGGGGGGUGGGGCACCAAGACUUUCUCCAGGGUGUGUUGAUUAAGAUUAGAGUGAGUUGGCAGAGUUAGGAAAACUCUAACUAUGCCAUUUCCAUACUCCACAGUUAGUAGAGCACCAAAUGUAUAGCCACAGACCUUCAAUACUUAGUAUUUUUGUUUAAAUCAACAAAUUUAAUAGGGAGAUUUAGUGUAAAGGAUAUGGAAUUUACCAGACUAGAUAUGCUGGUCAGCUUGGAUCAUUCACCAUAACUUUUUUCUUAGCAGCCAUUUCAACCUAAUUGUGAGUAAACAAUAUACUGUUAACCUAAUUUUGUUGUUCCAAGCAGAAUCGAUAUGCCUUUUUAUCUUGUGACUGAAAGUCCUGUGAUAUUGUGGUGCAUGAGACUAUUAUGCUGUAUUUGAUAGUGUUGUGACUUCAUCUGUUGUUCCUCUUAAUUAAUGUGGUGAUUCCUUUAACCAUGAUUUGAUGGCAUUAAGUGAAUGACUGCACAGAGUGAGAACUGUCUAGGUUAUCUGGACAGACAGUGAAGUAAAAUGCUAUUCAUAAAAAACAAGGCAUGUUCAAAAAUGGUCAUUUAAUGGAUUACUAGUAGAUGCAGGCUUUCAAGAGUUGGCAUUUUCAGCAAAUAACUGGGAUUUUAGAAGCUGUGAGACCAGCAAAAUUAACUUAAAUUUGAUAUUUCCCUCUUGUCCUCGCAAUUUUGUUUUGACUCUUUCUGGAUUGAUGCAGUGGUGUUUUGUUCCUUCCGUAUUUAUAAAUGAAACACUUUUUUUUUAGUGUUUCUAAACUUUAAAAAAAUCUGCUUGGUUAGUAAUCAAGUGGUUGGAACACUGUUUUGACUUUUAUUUUAAGCAUGUUAUUGACUAAAGGCUUCAUUGAAGAAGCAUUCUACCAACUCAGUCAGUUUGAUUCUGUAAUCUGUAAGUAAUGUGGCACCUGAUACUUUUUGGUGCUUGAUAUUUUUGAGGACCAAUAAUUCAAGUGGAUAUUUUGUUCUUGAACAGUGUCCCAAGAGAUUUGAUGAUGACAUUUGUUGGCUUGAGGUCUGAUUUUUUUUUUUUAAAGAUAUACUGAAGAUCCCUUCCUAACUAGUUGAAAAAUGCACAAAUUUAUAUGAGUAUGAAAACAUAAGACUCUGAUAGAAAAGUGAAAGCUGUUGAAUGGAUAUUAAUCUAAAUUAAUCUAGUAUGAUUAGAAGAGGGGAAGUUUUGGUGUCAUAAUUUCUCUCUUCAUGGUGUUGGACUUUAAUCAGUUAAAAUGUAUUUUUAAAAUCUGUACCACAAAACUUAAUGCUUCAAUAAAAGUUUGCUUAAUUCAU